UUAAUGUCACGAGACAGCCUGACUCAGAUUUUUAGCUCAUAAAAAGAGGUCAGAAGAUCUUACUUUAUCUUCUGUAAAAGGCACAUACAUGUGAUUGAUUUGUUUGCACAUGAAUAAUGUGGAUGCUCAGAAACGGGGUUUCAAACUUUGUUAAUAUUUGAUGCCUAUACCGCCAUUAAUAAAGAACCCCUCUGCUCUGCGAUACACAGUACAACAAUUGAAAGUCAAUCAUCUCUUGUUGAAAAUUCUAAAUGAAAACGUAAUGUAAAUUAAUAGAUUUAUAAUCAUGUCUGAUUCUGUGAAAUCAUCAUUGGAUUAAUUACAUUUUAAUUACAAUAAAAUAACCCGCAUCGUAGAGUUAAAAGUGCACAAAUAUAUCAGUUAUCUGAAGAAACAUGAUCUGUCAUUAUUGAAACAUGAUUUAUGGCCGGUAUUCACACAGCUAUUGAGAUGCUUUCGAUACAUUAGUGAACAAGCAAUCUCAUCAAGUCAAUUUGUAAUAAUAACACAUCUAAUCGAAUAAAUAUGUCAAAUACUAUUGAUUUUAAUCAAAUAUAAUAAAACUAAUCACGGAAAUUGCAAUCAUUAGGUCGGCUAAAAAAAUGAUAAGCAAUGCCAUCCUGAAUUCCGAGUUAUUAUUAUAUUUGUCAAUUUUUAUUUUAUUUUUUUCUCAUUAUGUGUGAUGGUUACACACGGAUGAAUUUUCCAUAUCAUUAAUAAAAUCAAACUCACCACAUAUAGGGCCUAAGCAAGAGGAAAAGUGGAGCGAGUGAGUGUUCUCAGGCUGCUGCACUAUAGGGCUGUAGCCGUUCAGAGGAGCGCCACUGCUUGACAGGAACCGUCAGAGCUCCAUAUUUGGGCAAAACCACGCCCCUUCAGCGUCAUAUUCUGACAGCGCCUCUCCCGUGGGUUUAGAGUUUUGGCUCCCGGGAAAGAUUUCAGUCCUCGGGGAAAGAGGGCUUAGUUUUGCAUGUUCCCAUCCAUCCUGCACGACGCGAAAGGGCCCCUUAUCCACCUCUCCUGUGUACUAGGAACACCUCCACUGGUGAUCAGCCUUUGCCUGUGUUUGUCUUGUGGAGAAGCAGCAGCACCUUUUCAGGAGUGGGUUUUUUAUUCAACAAGAAGUCCUGAAGGUUUUGGAUGCGGUGCUUCGGGGAUGUGGGCACUUUGAGAGCAGCAUCACCCACAAACACAAACAACUGCCAUCGAUUUUUCUGUGAAUAGCACAACAAAAAGAAAAAGAGAAAAAAGAAAGAGGAACAAUUGCAACACAAAAUCUCGUCUAUUGAACAAUUCACUUUUUUUCCCGUCUGUGGAUACCGCUUUAACUAAGUACAGCACUUUGAGAAUUGUUCACAUCGGACGGACUGAAGAGGGAGGCAAGACCUGUGGACCGGGUUUUCUCUCGCAAGUCUGAAUCGGCUCCCGCGACUUAUCCCGUGAACAACAACAACAAAAAAACAACCCUAAAGGAUAACGCGCUUGGACGUCUAUUCCCCUAAUUUCGCAGGAGGCUCUUUUUCACGCAAAUUGUCCCAAAUGUUUGGAAUUCAGGAAACUAUACCGCGGAGCGGGACGACGAUGAAGGAGGAACCGCUCGGUGGACUGAACUCGGUCCGCUCCUGGAUGCACACAGCUGGGGUGGUGGAUGCAAACACAGCCGCCCAAAGCGGUGUCGGCUUGGCACGGGCACAUUAUGAAAAGCAGCCCCCUUCCAACCUCAGAAAAUCCAAUUUUUUCCAUUUCGUGCUGGCGCUGUAUGACAGGCAGGGUCAGCCCGUGGAGAUCGAAAGGACAGCUUUUGUGGACUUUGUGGAGAAAGACAAAGAACCAACCAGUGAAAAAACUAACAAUGGGAUACAUUACAAACUACAGUUAUUGUACAGCAGUGGCGUCCGAACAGAACAGGAUCUUUACAUUCGGCUAAUCGAUUCCAUGACGAAGCAGGCCAUAAUUUAUGAGGGUCAAGACAAGAAUCCAGAAAUGUGCAGAGUUCUUCUUACCCAUGAAAUUAUGUGCAGCCGAUGCUGUGACAAGAAAAGCUGUGGAAACAGGAACGAGACCCCGUCAGACCCUGUGAUCAUUGACAGAUUCUUCCUCAAGUUCUUCCUCAAGUGCAAUCAGAACUGUCUGAAGAAUGCAGGGAAUCCCCGAGACAUGCGCAGAUUCCAGGUUGUCGUAUCGACGACCUGCAAUGUGGACGGCCAUGUCCUGGCCGUUUCUGACAACAUGUUCGUACACAACAAUUCCAAGCACGGGCGAAGGGCUCGCAGACUCGACCCUUCAGAAGCAGCCACCCCGUGCAUCAAAGCCAUCAGCCCGAGUGAGGGAUGGACCACCGGAGGAGCCACUGUCAUCAUCAUAGGGGACAACUUCUUCGACGGCCUCCAAGUCGUGUUCGGCACCAUGCUCGUAUGGAGUGAGCUGAUCACUCCACACGCCAUCCGUGUCCAGACUCCACCUCGGCACAUCCCCGGAGUUGUGGAAGUCACGCUGUCCUACAAGUCAAAGCAGUUCUGCAAAGGUGCCCCUGGGAGAUUUGUCUAUACUGCCCUAAAUGAGCCAACCAUCGACUAUGGUUUCCAGAGGCUGCAGAAGGUCAUCCCCAGACACCCCGGCGAUCCCGAGAGGUUACCAAAGGAGGUGCUACUGAAGAGGGCGGCUGAUCUCGUUGAAGCCCUGUAUGGAAUGCCCCACAACAAUCAGGAGAUCAUUCUGAAGAGGGCAGCUGACAUCGCCGAGGCCCUGUACAGCGUUCCCCGCAACCACAACCAGAUCCCCUCUCUCGCUAACACAGCCUCCCACGGCAUGAUGGGAGUCAACUCCUUCAGCAGCCAGCUAGCAGUCAAUGUGUCUGAGUCACAAGGGAAUGACCAAGUGGGCUACAGCCGGAACACCAGCAGCGUGUCCCCCCGGGGCUACAUCUCCAGCAGCACCCCGCAGCAGUCGGGCUACAACUCCGUUAGCAACAGCAUGAAUGGCUACGGCAACGCCGGCAUGAACCUGGGAGUGCCGAGCUCCCCUGGGUUCCUCAACGGAUCCUCUGCCAACUCCCCAUAUGGAAUUAAACAAAAGAGCGCCUUCGCCCCUGUGGUCCGACCCCAGGCCUCCCCACCCCCCUCCUGCACCAGCGCCAACGGCAACGGACUGCAAGGUGAGCCCCCCUCACCCCCUCAUCCCUUCCCCACGGACUACUGGUCAGAUACCGCUGCUCAGGCCUCUGUCCGGUUUGCCAUGUCCGGUCUGGUUGUCCCUCCAAUGUAAAAUGCACUUUCAUCAUCUCAAGCACCAGUCUACACAUUACCACUUCACAGGAGCACACAGCAAAAACGCUGGUGUAAUGUAUAGUCAAAAUGCCCGUUCUGUUUUUAAAGAUGAAGACAAAAAAAAAAGAAAUGAUUUUUUCUUUUCUUUUCGAUGACUUUCGCAAAACCCUGCAGAAAAAAAAGGAUUUCACGAGAAAUAUCUUUUUCUUUUCUUCUGUGGGACUUUUCUUUUUUUCCCCUUCCCAUUUGAUCACCCUUGAAGAGGACACAGGAUGAUGAAGGGUUUAUUUUGUACACCUGUCGGGUUGUGCUUCGGCCUUGGAUCUCACCAAUCAACCACACAUUCAAUACUGGAAGGGACUCUGUGGACUCACCAUCUGGUUGUAAAGUAAAAACACUGAUGUACAGUACAUUUGCCAAUGAACUUCAGAAAUAGUUGUUCUGUUCCAACUCUCUUUUAAUAGAUUCACAACAGUUGUGUGUCUUUAUAAUGUGACUUUUUUGUAUUUUUAUGUGUGAGAAAAAUACACAGGGGCCAAGACAGUUUGAAUUUCAACUGGAAAAUAUAUGAGAUAUAUAAUGUAGAAUUGAUCUUAAAAAGUACAACAGAUACGAAUAAAAAGGGUGGGGCUGGGUGGGUAAGGUUGUAUCAUGUUUCAUUCCUGCAUUUUAACUUAAAUUUUGUAAUUUAUUGUAGCUAGAAAUCAUCUUCAAAAGUAAAAAAAAAAAAUCCUCUUUGAUGCAACAAGCACACUGACGUGUACAAAACACUGCUCUGUUGAUGAAUAUGAUGUACUUCCAUGUCUAGAGCUUCCUUUUAAGCAAGUGUGUUUUGCCAUGUUUUUCAACUUUUUUGCUAGCACUGUAUUAAUGCAUUCCUAGGCUACUGUGAAGUCUGUUUCUUGUUGAUGAGGAGCAGUCUCCCCCUUCUAGCUCCAACUCCCUUCUGUGUUUUAUAUGUGGUUAAAAAUUGUAGACUAUUGUGAUAUUGCCAAACUUGUGCUAAAUAUUUAUACAUGUCUUUUUCAUGUUCUUUUAGAUCAACAAAAAAACAUUUAAAAAACAAAAUUAAAAUCCAUUGAGAAUGUAGGAGUAUAGUAGUUCAUCGUCAUAUUUCUGUUCAAAUACACACUUGCGCUCACUGAGGGAAAUUUUGUAACAUAUCAACUAUAAAUAAUGUAUUUAUCUCUGAAAUUUUGUAUAUUGCUUUUCAUUAUGUAUGUAUUAAUCGUCAUGCCCUUAAUAUAGUGAUGCAGCACAGAUAAUUCAGCCAAGAACUGUUGCCUUCAUUUGUUUUCUUUUUGUAUUUGAUGAAAUGCAAUGUGCAUAUAUUUCAUGUAUAUCCUCAAAAAUUUGUGUUACUCCGUCAAGACUCUCUGUCCAUUUUUUUUUUUAAAGGGGAAGUCAAACUUCAUUGUUUAUUUUUAUAUUGAUUUUAAAUUAUCUAUACAGACCAUUUUGGAGAAAACUUUGUUGGUUGUAUUGUCAAAUAAAUUGUUUGUGACCCAUAUGAUAGUUGUUAAGAUCCAAUACUAAUGUGCAUGAGGGACAACCUUGGAGAUAAAAAAAAAACACUCCAUUUGUGGUUGUAUUUUUUUCUGUUUUGUAGAAUGUAUAGAAGUCAUUUUUACUCACCACUUAUGACUCUGCCACAUAGCUUACAUGUGUUUACAGGGAAGGAAAUUGAAAAAUGUCAACAUUUGGAAUGGAAACAGAAAUGAAUAAGUGAUGUUUUAUUAAAAUUUUCAGUAAAACACAAUAGCUCCUCAACUGUGGACUUCUUCAGUUUUAAGUACAGUUUGGCUGGCAGACAAACUGACAAUCAGAACCAAGAAAAGAGACAGUAGAAACUUCUGAAGACAAAACCUGUGAUUCGUCUGUAAGUUGUAGUGUUUAGACUUUGCCAUAGAGAUAACUGUUUGAAACCUGUGGAAAAGUGUAACAUCCAUAAAAGAUGAAAACUG